GCGAUGAUAACGGGGCGCGGUAUAUUUGAGCCUGGUGUGUAUGCAAUGAAAACGCGGAAAGAUCAGCAUUUGGAAUAUUCAAACUUCGCGUGGCCCUGGCCCGCUUCCAACAACGUUCAUUUUUUAACCCAGUUUCCCUGUGACGUGAUCGUUGGAUGCUCUUCAAAGCGCAGUUCAGUAGCUUUUAGAGGGCCGAAAUAGAAACGGACAAAGGUGGAUUGUAGCCGAGAGACGAUUGCAGAUCGCCGUGAAAUCGGAGGAUUUCUAACAUCAAAUGCAGCAACUGUAGUCCAAGUGCGAAUCGAUAACGGCACUUAUCAACGUGUAACGAGCUGCGAUAAGCGUUUGUUAUAUGUUAAAAAUCAUCAUUUAACAACGUGCGCCUGUAACGAUCCUCAUAUCUUCGCCACGUUCGCGCGGUCAUCUUCCGCUAAACGUUCUUUAGCGUGUAUCGUAUUGGUUCGUUGCAAAUGGACACGCGAGUUGUUAUCAUAAGCGUUUAUUGUAAAUAUGGAACAUAACAGUGUAAAAGACAUUACUGCAGCACUGCUGCAAAGGCCAGCUGUUUCAUGUUUGCGUCUGGAAAGUUUUGCUUUCGUAACUGUAAUAAACUAAUUAUAUUAAAUUAACGUUUCAUAGAUGUAAUUCCAUUGGUAUUGUAGGUAUACCUUACACUGAAUGUAACUUUUUAUAUACAAACGUUAUACCUUUGCUGCCUUAUUGUUUUCCCCUGUAUACAAUAUCAAACAUACCUAUACGUGCAUUGUUGCAGCUAUAAGUCGCAUCUACACAUUAUAUACCGGACCUUUAGUUAGCAGACGCGUUUGAAUUUUAACCGCCAUUGGAGUUAUUUUUCGCGUAGGUGAGCCGUUUUGCCAUAUCGGGAUACUCGGACCGGUUCCCAGCUGCAUGCGGCGCAAAAAGACAAUGGCUGACCUUAACAGAUAUGGCGAGACGAGGUUCUAUAAGAUAUAUGUGUAAACGCAUAUGUGCGAACCGUGCAUGCUCCAUUGCUGGGAAAUUAAAACUGACCGCCACUUUUUUUUUUUAGAUCAACUUUCCGCGGAAUUUAUCGCUUAAGUUCGCGGCGCGUAUAUAGGUAUGCAAGAUAAGAUUCCUUGAAUUUAUCCGUAGACUCUGUUCCGUUCGACGCAGUUUAUGUAUAAAAAGCGUUGUACACAGACUGAUUUCGACCUGUUAAUAAAAAUAAAAUCGAUUCAGAACAUAUUUAUCCUCAUACAUUUUUCAAUGUCAGAUAGAAAGUGAAUCACUCAUCGCACCAUGACGGAGAUUCUAAUACCAGACAUUGUCCACCCAGGCCUAUUUCAAUCGUCUUAUGAGUCGAUUUAUGGCUUCCGCAACCUCAAGUUGCAUCCGGAAGAUUGACUUCGUGUCGUCUCAUCCCCAAGCGAGUGAUUUUGCGAUGUAGACAGACGCAAAACAGCAAUGCUUUAAGAUGCCGUCUUUGCUGGAAGCCUUGGAGCUGAAAUACGGCAGUUCAACAACCGAUUGUUCUCUGACCGACGAAGAAACGGAGUCGGGUUCCCCGAAAACGGCGUUAUCAGUAAGCAUUUUCGUCCCAAAAAAGUCCCCACGUCACACAGUUCCGGCGUUGCUUGUCCUCCAAGACUGCGACAUCGAAUCCGCGGGUAAUGACGACGAGAAAUUGAAAAAUAAAUGCAAGAAUGUCGAGGAACUUGACCUAGCACAAAAUAAGCUAACCCAGUGGACAGAAAUUUUUGGUAUUCUUCAGCACAUGCCUAAAAUAAAAUUCGUCAAUCUGAGCUUUAACAGCCUUGCGGAUGACCUCGAAAUAAAAGACGGUAGAUACGAUUCUUUGAAAAACUUGGUGCUUAACGGAACGCACGCUUCAUGGCCGACGGUCCAAGGCCUGAUAAAUUUGUUGAAGAAUCUAGAGGAGUUGCAUCUCUCGUUGAACGAGUACAAAACUGUUGAUCUCGAAUUCGAGAGAGGACGUAACGAAAAUACCUGUAUAAAAAAGCUUCACUUUACCGGAAACCCUAUUGAGGUAUGGUCGGAAAUUUCGAAACUCGGUUACGUAUUCCCGAACUUGGAGAGUUUGGUCUUGGCAGAGUGUCCCAUUAGAUCACUUAGUCUUGAGGAAAAUCGGAAUACGUUACCGAGAUCGGUCUCCCAGGAUAAACUACCCCCGAAGACCGAAGACAACGAGAAUAAGAAUCUCCCCGAUUCGGAAUCGUCCGACGGGUGUCAGGAAAAUCGAAUAUUCACCGAAGAAAAAGCCUUAUACAACAGAACGGAAUCUGAGUGCGAAUCGAGCAGCACCAAAGUAAAAUCAGCUCACGAUCCUUUCCGAAAGUUGAAAUUUCUCAACGUAAACGGUACGCUUUUAUCAGCUUGGGACGACGUGGAGAGAAUCGCCAGGUUCCCAGCUUUGAAAUCCCUCAGGAUUCAAGGGUGUCCCUUGUUCGAAAGUCCGCAAGAAUACACGGAGCAUGAAAGGCGGCAGUUUCUUAUCGCGCGGCUCCCGAAUGUGGAGACACUCAAUGGAGGCGGAGCAAUCUCAGCCCAAGAACGUGAAGAUGCGGAACGUGCCUUCAUUCGGUACUAUAUGGACAAACCGGAAGCCGAUCGUCCCGAAAGAUUCUCCGAACUGGUCGGGAUUCAUGGCAAACUAGACCCAUUGGUCCACGUAGAUCUGAAACCAGAAAAGCGAGUCAAGGUCAAAUUUACCUACGGAGAUCUUGUCGAGGUACGGUCCGUAGACGUUUACAGGACCGUGUUUGAGCUCAAAACGAAGCUCGAGUCCAUGGUCAAAAUACCAGCUAAUCGAAUGCGACUGUUCUAUGUUGAUCAGGAAAUGAAAACGAUGUAUGGACCGGAAGAGAUGCUUUACCCGAACAAGCAACUUUACCGUUAUAACAUAGGACACGGGGACGAGAUAAUCAUUGACAGCAAAUUCAAUCGCCUUGUUUCUACGUCUUCGAGUACGUCUUCGAUCCGGUCUUGAAGAGGUCCCCUGAAAAGGCCACCGCUUAAAGAAAUCCGAUCCGUAAGGUCAGCAGCAAGCCCAGGAGUUUGCAGUUUCCGUGUCCGCUUGACUGCUGUCCGUAAAAGGCAGCGAUGUUUAUUCAUCGAUGAGGAUUCGUUGAAGAUCGGUCGAACAGUUUUGAUACAUGCGUUCUAAGAAUUAAGUUAUAGUGGCUGUAUUAUCGAUUCUUCAGGGUUUAACGCGCGAUUCACGAACACCUAAAUAAAUCAAAGGGAAAAUUGCUAUGCCGGCGGCUUCACCAGUAGACAAAAAAAAAAAAACAACACAGUACCAGCAAUUCCUUUUAGCUCGAAAGUAUUCUCGACUUAUUUAUAUCGUUGUUAAUCGCACCUACUAUUAAUCAUAUUACAUAAAUACUUCUUAGCUGUUAUCAUUGUAAUCGUGGCUAGCAAUCAUUAAUUAUCGCGCCAUAUUAAGCUAGAUAAAAAGAAAAAUAUAUAAAUAUUAUAAUGUACACUGAUAUUAGGGUAUAAUUCUGUCGAAGGGAACCCGUUGGACUACAAUAUAUAUAUCCUGCUGUAAUUUUUAUCAGCCUCCCAAUACCCGGCGUCGACUUUUUUCAAGGUCUCGCGAAAGCCGCAAAAAUCGAUCCCUGAAUCCCAUCAUCUGUAGGGCGUCUGUGCUGCCUGGGAAAUGACCCAUAUGUAUACUAUGCGGAGGAAUUAUGCGUUCACCUAAUCGUUUUACAUUUAGCUUUUUCGUUCGUGAAAAAUCCUUAUUUAUUGUUCAUUAGUUAACAAUAAUUGUAGUGGAUCUUUCUGUGAUGCCUUAUACAUUUUCCAAAGGUACCUUUUCUAGUAAUAGUAGUGGUAGUAGUAGUAGCAGCAGUAGCAGUAGUAAAAUUCGCGUCUGUAAGAAGAAAUCCGGAGUAUGAAACGCCUUGAAGAAUCACUUACAAUUAGUGCCUAAUUAGUGUAAUUUGGAUAACUCUAAUACUGCCCUGUAAAUAUUAUAAACUUGUUCGGCUUGCCAAGUCUUUCUGUACAAAUAUACGUGUGACAACUUUUACGUGAGACCUGAGGUUGAGGUAUUUCGACUUGCCACUGGAACCGAAGAGUCCGAUGCUACUUAUGUAAAGAGCGAGGUAGUGAGUUAAAAAUGAGUAAAGUUGAGUAUGAAUUAUAUUUAAUCGUUCAAAGUCUCAUCGACAAUUGAUAGAAAUAUAAUUCAAUUUUAUAUAGAACGUAUUAACCCACCCCAAGAAAUCUGGUACAUUGGCGUCAAUACCCGAAUCGUGAUAGUGUCUAGUCUAGAAAUGAAUAAAAUGGAAAAACGUUAAAAAAAAAAGAAUUCUGCACAGUUCACACUUUAUAUAUUAAAACAUACUAUCUCUUUCUUUGUGCUGGCGCAAAUGUACGUACUAACAAAAAUAAACAAUUUAUAAAUUA